AUGAGUCAAGCCAUUGACGAAGAACCAACUCAAAAUAAUGAACCUUUCAUACCAAAUGAAGAGGUAGGCGAGAAUAGUGAGGAUGAUAUUGAGGAGGUUCGAUUUGAAUAUCUAUUUGGUGUUAGCGAUGACGAUGGUAAUGAAGACAUCUUCGACACACCGACCGUUGCACUAAGAGCACAACCAAUUAGUUUGUACAACCCACCUGCGCACAUGCAAAACAUAAGUUUGGAUGAUGCUGAACCAAUCUCCGUUUUCGGAAGUUUCAUACCAACUCACAAUGCUGACGAAAUAGAGGAGGGCAUCGAGUAUGAAAAUAAGGAAGAGUGUGUUCUGGCGUUUCAACAAUGGCAUAUAAAACGUAGUCUAGAUUUUUCUAUGGUUAAAUCUGACAAUGUAUGUUAUGUCAUCAAAUGUAGAAAUUCAACAUGCAAUUUCAAAUGCAGGGUCUCUUUGCGUAAGGGCAACUCAAGGUGGAGAGUUGGUAAGUCUGGUGGGCCUCAUACGUGCACAACCACUUCCAUGUCACAAGACCAUACAAAACUCAGUUCAGAAAUGAUUAGUAAGAGCAUAAUGGAGCUUGUAAAUCGGGACGCUUCUCUUAAGGUGAAGGUUAUCAUCACUCAUGUUGCUGAGAAAUACAGGUAUAUCAUAUCCUACAAAAAAGCAUGGAUUGCAAAGUGUAAGGCAAUUGAGUCGCUGUAUGGAAAUUGGGAGACAUCUUACAACGAUCUGCCGCAGUGGAUACUGGUAAUGAAAACAUAUCUACCAGGUACCAUUAUAGAAUUGCAAUCCUUACUUGUGAUUUCAAAUGAUGGUUCACACUUAGGUGACCAAAGGACAUUUCAUCGUCUGUUUUGGGCGUUUCGACCAUGUAUACGUGGUUUCGCGUAUUGUAAACCUAUUGUGCAGGUUGAUGGAACAUGGUUGUAUGGCAAGUACAGAGGGAAUCUGUUGAUGGCUGUGGCAUAG